GCCCCAGGACUGGAGGGGCUCGGGGAACGCCGUGCCCUAGUCGCCCCGGGGUGGCAGUUCCCGUUAACCUUAGCCACAAAGUCAAAGACGGCCGGGCAGGGAGCUGGGCUGAUGCAGACAGGCCUCUGGGGAUGGAGAAUGGCCUGGUUGGCGGCACAGCAGAUGGGCUGGUGAUGAAGAUCAAGCAGGAGAAGCCCGAGUGGCUGCUGCAGACGCAGGCCGUGCUUUCGCAGAAGGAUAAGAACAUUUUCCGGCCCUGUCGGGCGCCCGCACCAUACCAGACGGCGGCGAGGAAGCCUCGAGCCUGGGGGCGCCCGGACAAGAUAGGGGGUCCAAGAUGGGCCCCUCCCCCUGAGCAGGAAGUGGGGCCGGCAGGCCGGGCCCCGGGGGCGGCUCCCGGCCCCCUGAGCCCGGCUCUUCCUGCCGGCGAGGGUCACUUCGUGUGCCCGGACUGCGGGAAGAGGUUCAGCUGGUGGUCGUCGCUGAAGAUCCACCAGCGCACGCACACGGGCGAGAAGCCGUACCCGUGCGGCAAGUGCGGCAAGAGCUUCAGCCAGAAGCCCAACCUGGCGCGCCAUCAGAGGCACCACACGGGCGAGCGGCCUUUCUGCUGCCCCGAGUGCGCCCGGCGCUUCAGCCAGAAGCAGCACCUGCUCAAGCACCAGAAGACCCACUCCCGGCCCGCCACCCACCCGUGCCCCGAGUGCGCGCGCUGCUUCCGCCACCAGGUGGGCCUCCGCAUCCACCAGCGUGCGCACGCCGGGACCGCCAGGUCGCUCUGCAACGAGUGCGGCAAGAGCUUCUCGUGGUGGUCGGCGCUCACCAUCCACCAGCGCAUCCACACGGGCGAGCGGCCCUACCCCUGCCCCGAGUGCGGCCGCCGCUUCAGCCAGAAGCCCAACCUGACGCGCCACCGGCGCAACCACACGGGCGAGCGGCCCUACUUGUGCGCCUCCUGCGGCCGCGGCUUCAGCCAGAAGCAGCACCUCCUCAAGCACCAGCGCGUUCACCUGGGGGCUCUGGCGCCCACCCUCAGCGCCAAGGGAGACGCGCUCUAGUGCGGCUGGACCCACGCAGGCCGGUGGGCGGGGUGGGAGGAGGCUUGUCUGGUGCGUGUGGGCGAGUGACCAGGAAUGAUGGCGCUUAGAACUGCAGGGGCUAACACCCUCUCCAAAGGUGCCUUCCUCAAGGCUCUGAGACCUGACAACAGAUUCCAGGAGCCUCCCAAAAAGGGGAUCGGGAAAAGUCCGGGGAAGGGUCAAAGGCAGAAAUGUCACAUCCUGCACUGUGGAGCCUGGAUGUGUCCUUCCUUGGAGGUGGGACCCCAGCUCUCAGGCACUGAAUGAGGGAGCUGUUGGAGGCCCUGGGUGAGAUGGCCCAGAUCUGGACUGGUCAGCUGUGGCUGUCCAGGGUCCAUCCCGGUGGGGGAGGGGGAGUCUCAACAGACUGAGAGAUACCCAGAUGGGAGCUAGAAGCUGCAGCUGGGGAGGGGCGAGCAAGUCCCCAGUGCGAGGCCAGUGCCCAGCACUUAAUGGCCACUCAUGUGUUAGGAAGGCGUGAAUGGCUUGAUGGCCCUCAACCCCGAGUGCCCCACUGCCCUGGGUGCUAUCGUGGGCGGCCUGACCCUAGGACUGUGGUGUGUGUGUGUGUGACGGUCGCGGCUGGUACUCGGAGGGUGGUCUCACUGGGGUUUGGUUCCUUGGGGAGGGCCCUGCAGAGGGAGGGUGCCCAGCGUGCUGCUCCUGCUUGGUGGGAGCUGCCUGGGACCCUUAUUGAUGAUGAUGUCGCAGAAGAGAGAAAUGAAGGACUGACUGCCUCA